CUCGGCUUCAUUCGUCUGAAUUUUCCGCGCAAAUGGAGAGGAAGGACAUUUGGGAAACGACAUGUAGGAAGAAUGAAGACCCAUCCAAGUCUUUUAGUAUAUUCAAACACGAAACUAUCUCAACAAUCGAAAUCGAGCGAUAAUGGAGAUUGGGAACGAGGAGAAAGCGGCGGCGGCGGGGGAAGUGGAGAUUCUGAAGCCGCGUACGGACAAGAGAGAGUAUCGGAGGAUUGUCCUCAAGAACUCGAUCCAGGUCCUGUUGAUUAGCGAUCCGGAGACCGACAAGUGUGCUGCUUCAAUGGAUGUUAGUGUCGGAUCCUUCUCUGACCCAGAAGGACUUGAAGGGCUUGCUCAUUUCCUAGAGCAUAUGCUGUUUUUUGCUAGUGAAAAGUACCCAGAUGAAGAUAGUUACUCGAAGUUCAUCACAGAGCAUGGAGGCAGUACAAAUGCUUUUACAUCGAUCGAACAGACAAACUACCACUUCGAUGUCAAUGCUGACUGUUUUGAAGAGGCUUUGGACAGGUUUGCCCAGUUCUUUAUCAAACCACUGAUGUUGGCUGAUGCCACCAUGAGGGAGAUCAAUGCUGUUGACUCUGAGAAUCAGAAAAACUUACUGUCUGAUGCAAGGCGAAUGCACCAGUUGCAGAAGCAUCUAAGUAGGGAGGACCAUCCAUUUCACAAAUUUAGCACAGGAAACUUGGAUACUCUUCAUGCACGACCCCAAGCAAAAGGAGUGGAUACGAGGAGUGAACUUAUUAAAUUCUAUGAUGAACACUAUUCUGCCAACAUCAUGCAUUUGGUUGUGUAUGGGAAGGAAAGCCUUGAUAAAAUUCAAGGUCUUGUAGAAGAGAAGUUCCAAAAUGUCCGAAACACCAACAAGGAUAUCACUAGAUUUCCCGGUCAGCCUUGUGCUUCGGACCACUUACAGAUUCUUGUCAAGACCGUUCCCAUAAAAGAAGGACACAUGUUGAGGAUUGAAUGGCCUGUCACUCCUAGCAUUCAUCACUACAAGGAAGCACCAAGCCGGUACCUUGGUGAUCUAAUUGGCCAUGAAGGCGAAGGAAGUUUGUUUCAUGCCUUAAAAACUUUGGGUUGGGCAACUGGAUUGUAUGCCGGUGAAGGAGAUGGGACACUGGAGUAUUCUUUCUUCGAGGUUGUGAUUAGUCUUACUGAUGCUGGUCAUGAGCAUAUGCAAGAUAUUUUAGGGCUGUUGUUCAGAUACAUUCAGCUUUUACAACAGUCUGGUAUUUGCCAGUGGAUUUUUGAAGAGCUUGCAACUAUUUGUGAGACAGCAUUCCAUUAUCAAGACAAAGUUCAACCAAUUUCUUAUGUAGUGGCUAUUGCGUCAAACAUGCAGGUAUAUCCAAUCAAGGAUUGGCUGGUUGGAUCAUCAUUGCCAUCUACCUUUCAUCCAGCUAUUAUACAAAAGGUGUUAGAUGAGCUUUCUCCUGAUACCAUUCGAAUUUUUUGGGAGUCAAAGAAAUUUGAAGGACAGACUGACAAGGUUGAGCCUUGGUAUAACACUGCUUAUUCUGUUGAGAAGAUAACCAGCUCCGCCAUUCAGGAGUGGAUGCAGUCUGCGCCUAAUGUUAACCUACAUCUACCUACACCAAACGUCUUUAUUCCUACAGAUUUGUCAUUGAAGGAUGCUAAAGAUAAGGGCUCAUGCCCAGUGUUGUUGAGAAAGUCACCCUUCUCAAGAUUAUGGUACAAACCAGAUACAGUGUUCUCCAUGCCGAAAGCUUGUGUCAUGAUGGAUUUCAACUGUCCAGUCGCAGUUAGCUCUCCUGAUGCUGCUGUUCUUACUGAUAUUUUCACAUGGUUGCUGACGGACUAUUUGAAUGAAUACGCUUACGAUGCUCAGGUUGCUGGUCUGUAUUAUGAAAUAAGCUCUUCAGUCAAAGGUUUUGAGCUGACUCUUCUUGGCUAUAAUCACAAAUUGAAGAUCCUGUUGGAAACUAUCGUUGAAAAGAUUGCAAGGUUUGAAGUAAAACCUGACAGGUUUUCUGUUAUCAAGGAAACGGCGAUGAAGGGAUAUCAAAAUUUCAAAUUCCAGCAACCGUGUGAACAAGCAACUUAUUAUUGCUCACUGAUUUUACAAGAUCGGAGUUGGCCUUGGACAGAAGAGUUAGAUGUUAUUUCUCAUCUGGAAGCAGAAGACGUGACAAAGUUUGUUCCAUUGUUGUUGUCAAGGACAUUUCUCGAGUGUUAUGUAGCAGGUAAUGUUGAGAGUAAUGAAGCUGAGUCGAUGAUCAAACAUCUCGAAGAUAUGUUCUUUCAGGGCCCAAAACCUAUCUGCCGACCAAUGUAUCCGUCCCAGCAUCUGACAGAUAGGGUUGUAAAGCUCAAGAAAGGAAUGAAAUACUUCUACCAUAAAGAUGGCUCAAACCCCAGCGAUGAAAAUUCUGCAAUUGUGCACUAUAUUCAGGUUCAUCGGGACGAGUUCACCAUGAAUGUGAAACUUCAGCUUUUCGUUCUCAUUGCAAAGCAAGCAACCUUUCACCAACUUAGAGGAGUUGAGCAACUUGGUUACAUCACUGACCUUUCCCAGAGGAACAAUUCUGGCGUCCGUGGUGUACAGUUCAUUAUCCAGUCCACAGUAAAGGGUCCUGGACAUAUCGAUUCAAGGGUAGAGUCAUUCCUCAAGAACUUCGAGAGUAAACUAUAUGAGAUGAGCGAUGAGGAAUUUAAGAGCAAUGUAACAACUUUGAUAGACAUGAAGCUCGAAAAACACAAGAAUUUGUACGAGGAAUCUUGGGUUUACUGGCACGAGAUCCAAACUGGAACGCUCAGAUUCGAUCGUAGAUAUGCAGAGGUUGCUGCACUGAGGAAGAUCACGCGGCAAGAGUUGAUAGAUUUCUUCAAUGAUUACAUAAAAGUUGGAGCAAUGAGGAAGAAAUCGCUGAGCAUUCGGGUGUAUGGGAGUCGACAUCUAUCGGAAAUGGCCUGCGACAAAGAGCAAAUCCCGUCUCCGUCCUUUGAAAUCGAGGAUAUUUUCGGAUUCAGGAAGUCUCGACCUCUUUACGGGGUCGUUAAUGGAGGGGGGAUGUGGCCAAGUGAAACCGUGAGAGCAAUGGACACAUUGGGCACACAUACAGUUUCAUCAUCCUAAACAAACGAAAUCGGCAUUUGUAUAUUCACUUCCUGUUGUUGUUACGACUGUAUGUAUCCUCUGUAAUAUUUGAUGUGAAUAACUCGGUUCGAAAAUCUUAUGUAUUUGAUUAAAGAUUAGUAAUUGAAAGAGUGAUUGGAUGUAAAUAAACUUUCAAGAAAGAGCUAUGUUGGUAUG